GGGGGAGGGGCUAUGUCGGGGGCGGUGGCCGCGGCGGCAGCGCUUUGGGAAGAAAAAAUAAAGAAGGAAACCGGGCGGAGGGCCACAGGUCCCGGGAGGCGGCGGCGGCCGAGCGGUUUAGCGGUGUGGCAGCACCGGGCGGCGGGCGCCAGACUCCGGGGCAAAGAGCUGACACUGGAGGGCAGAGCGGUGCUGAGGAUCCAACAGGAGGACUGGAAGUUACUACCCGAUGCCCUACAACAAAUGACCCAUUUACACGAAUGGCAGAUCCACAGAACGGGGCUGGAAACCAUUCCUCAAUUUGUUGGAAAAUUUGACAACCUUAUUGUGCUGGAUGUGUCACGUAAUUCAGUGAAGGAGAUCCCAAAGGAAAUAGGAGAACUGACUAGACUCCGAGAGCUGAACGUCAGCUACAAUCGUCUACAGGCUGUCCCGGCGGAGCUCAGCAGCUGCCAGAGUUUGGAGAAGCUGGAGCUGGCAGUGAACAGGAACAUCGCAGACUUACCUCAACAGCUCUCUCAGCUGAGGAAGCUCUAUCACUUGGACCUCUCCAUGAACAGCUUCAGUCACUUCCCCUCUGCUGUGUUGGACAUGCCAGCCCUUGAGUGGUUAGACAUGGGUAACAACAGCCUUCAGGAGCUGCCCGCAGACAUUGCUCGAAUGGAAAAACUUCACACAAUUUGGCUCCAGAGGAACAAUAUUACUCACCUUCCUGAUGCUAUCGGCAAAAUGAGAAAUCUCAGCACUCUGGUGUUAACCAGCAACAAACUCCAGAAUAUCCCUGUUUGCAUGGAUCAAAUGUCUAACCUCAGGUUUGUGAAUCUGCGGGAUAACCCUCUCCAGUUGCACGUUACGCUUCCUCCCUGCAUCAACCCCGAGGAGGAGGAAGACCGAGAGCUCUUUGGUCUGGAGUUUAUGCUGGUUUACAUUCAGGAAUUAAACCGGAAAGGUUUUGCCCCAAUCGAGGCUGAAAUCACACCAUGAUUUGCCCUGAAUUCACACCGUGUGUUAAAUAAGCUCAGGCUUGGAAAAUAACUGCAGAGCUGAAUUUAUUCACUGUUCCUCAAGAGUUUCUUCACAAUUGUUAUCAACUGAGGAACCAGCUGGGUAAUUGCUGGAGGAAUGCAUUUCAUUCAAUGUAACAAAGAAUAGAAAUUCUAAGCACCCGUCGCUACCCGCAGGUGGACUAUCAACUGCAGCAAAAGGUUAUUUGCCUGAAGUACAUUUCUGUUCAAGGAAAUCGUACGAUAAAGAAUUCUAGAAAUAAAUGAAUUAAAAAUUC